AUGCCGAAGCCUUUGACGGGCGAGGUGGACAGAGGAGGGCCUAAGAAGGAACGGCCAUCUCCGCUUCCUGACUCCUUCUUUUCAAAGGAGGACAUCCCGGUUCACAAUACCUUCAUCCAGUUUGACUCCCCAAGUGUUGAAGAUGAGAAGACCCUUGCAACAGCUCCCGCAUGGAUAGGCCCAUCGCUGCAGAGCAUCGUCCAAGCUGAGCAGAAAAAGGAUUCUGUUCCCGCGGAGACAGAGCCUUCGGUGGAGGGGGAGGCGAUGGAGCCGAUCUCCGUGCCGACGCCCGUGACUGCUGAAGCAGCAAGGCAGAUGCAAGUGACGGACAUGGGGAAUUUGUGUUCGUUGGAGGAGAGUGGCUUCGGGGAGAUGCUAGCAUGA